AUGGCCGCGAGCAUUCGGUGCGAUGUUUCGGGGCUUUCUGCUCAGUGGGAAAAAAUCGAAUCGAUUCGGGACAGAGUGCGUGGGGGAGGCUUCUUGGUGGAGCCUGUAAAUGCCGAUGGUGGUUUGGAUGUUUCCAACAAGUUGGCCAUCAAAAGCAUUGAUGCUUUGAUCUUCGUCUUGGUACGUGUUGCUGACACAAAAGUGUUGAAGAUUCCAGAUAUCGAGCCACUCCGGACUUGUGUUUCGGAAAUCUAUGCUCUUAUGAACCGAGAAGUGGAUCAAUCUAGAGUUGAUGAUGAUGCUUGGGCCCUGCGGCAUUUGGCCGGCUUUGUGAAGCGGAAGGCCCAAAAGAGCCUGGUGAGUUUGGCUGCUCGCACGCACGACUUCAUCUCGCAGCCCUCGCCAGAUCUGCAGGAGCUCGUGGAUGAAAUCCGUGCUCGGGGAGAGGAUGCUCUUCCUAUGAUAGCUGAGGAGGCCCCGCCCCUGACGUUGCCAGACCCAGAGGACUGCAUGCAACUUGAGUAG